AUGGCCGGUGCCCUCGAGGCAUUUCUGCGCAACUUGGAGACCCAGGGUUUCUCCGAGGUGUUUCCAACCCCUUUGGCAGGUGCCCUCGAGGCCUUUCUGCAGGACUUGGAGACCCGGAGUUUCUCCCAGGUGUCUCUAAUCCCUGUGGCAGGUGCCCUCGAGACCCUUUUGCAGGACUUGGAGACCCGGAGCUUCUCCGAGGCGUCUCCAAUCCCUGUGGCAGGUGGCCUCAAGGCCAUUCUGCAGGACUUAGUGUCCCGGAGUUUCUCCGAGGCAUCUCUCUUGCAGGUGCCCUCGACACCAGACUGUGGCAUGGCAGGGAGACGCUUCAGCCUUCUCAGGCUGCUGCGGAGGAAGAAGGAGGAGGAAAACCCUGGGGCUGCUCCAGCACAGCAGCCUGAAGAGGUGCAGCAGAUGCAGCCCCCGCAGGAGGAUGCAGGCCAGGAGCGGACAGAAGAGCAGCUCCGUGCCCGUGGCCGCUUCCGCAGGGCAGCACAGCUGGUUUGCAGAUUCAUCAGGUGCAUUUGGCAUGAAGAGGCCACUUUCAUGGCCACUGGGGACACGGCAAACUCGGACCUCUUCAGUGCCCAGACCAGCGCUGCCCUGCUGGAUUUGCUUGUGGAGAACAGUGUCUACAAAGCAAAGCAAGUGCCAGCCAUAGUCAGGUGCAUCCACCAGUGGCUCACGUCCAAUGUGUCUGAUGAGCACAGGCUGGACAAGACUCUUGUCCUGCUGACCGAGGCACACCCUGUGGAUGUUGCAGUGACCCUGCUGCGCUCUGCCCCAGCCUGUGACAGGUAUGGGACCCACCUGCCUUCAGGGCUCACCUGCCUUUAG